AUGGGGCUGAAGACCCAGGCCGGCGGCAGGCGGAACCAAGGUGCGGGGGGCUCGCCAGUUGUCAUUCCCAGAUGUGGUCCAGCAUGUCCAUUUAAAGGACAGUUAAGUAAUAAGAGUAAUGCUUUCUGUAUUGACUCCUCUCGACAUUUGCCUGGCCAAUACCUGAUCAGAAAUCACAUGGUGUUUCAUUAUAACAGAAUUAAUUCAGCCAAAGCAGCUGUAGACUCUUCAGUUCCCAAAAGUAGGUUGUCCAGCAUCAAAUUUGCUGACCAGCAAAGAAGAGAGAAACUAAAAAAGAAGAUAGGCAAGUGUGAAGAGAAACCACAUGUGUGUGAAGCUGUCUCUCAGUGCUGUUCAAGAGAUGGCAGAAGGCUGCUGCCAUCCUCCUUUGGAAAGACUUUCAUGGAAGCAGAAGACAGUCACUUCCCCUGUUCUGGGCAGGCACAGUACCUGUCAAGAGCACCAUCUGCUCAUGGCAAGCGUUGCUUGGUUCACUCCUGCCCAGUAAAAUGUACCAGGAAAUGUUGUCGGCAUACGUCGAAGGCAUCCCACUCCAACUCAAGCACCUGUGUGUCAAGGCCAACAGUUAAACAUGCUGGACUGUCACGCAGUCGCUCCACCGAGAGUUUUGUGACUGUUGGUUGUUCUCAGAGGUGUCAAGGAAACAACCCCAAAGUGAGCAGUGGGGAUCUUCUAGAGAGGCACUCUGAGUGCUUUACUAAGAGAGAACAACCUUUUACUCCACGCACCUUAGUAUCAGAUGCUAAAUCUUUCCUGUCACAGUACAGGUAUUACACUCCUCCUCGAAAGAAGAAGAAAAACCACCGCAAGCAGCGUGUGGAAGUUCAAACACAGACUGAUACGAUCAGCUUUCCAUCUGCAGACAAAGCAUACGAGAGUGAAGUUACUUAUGAACAGCAGAAGAUGACAUCAGAGGUUGAAGAUGAAAGAGAUACUUUGGAUGAGCCUGAGAGAGGAAUAGGUGGUUUUCAAUACUCCAGCCUAAGAAAGUCAUCAUGGUGUCCUCAGAAGUCUUCACCAAGGAGUACUGUCGAUACUGAAGAAGAGGAGCUUUUAUAUUUAACUUUCAUCGAAGAUGUAACAAAUGAAAUUCUUAGACUUGGGUUAUUUUCUAACAGGGUUCUGGAUCAACUGUUUGAGAGCUAUAUAGAAGAAAAUAAGAACCGCCUUGAUGAGGGCAAAAUGCGCCAGAUGUUGGACGUGCUGAAAUCAGACCUUGGCUGUGGCCAGGACAGCGAGACAGAGCUAAUCCAUGAAGGCCAGGAUGCCUUGGACCCACAGAAGUUUGAUGAGACAGAAGAACUCGAGUUUACCAGUGAAAGUCACGGGCUGAGGAAAGAAAGUGAAGAAUUUCGUGAGACCAUGGAUGUCUCACUAAAGAAACCAAAAAAAUGUGACUCACUGUCAUGGAGCAAAAGGUCAAGGGAGACACGCAGCAGGGAGGAGUCUUCAGAAGAUACCACAGAAACUAUGGAUGCUGGGACAGAGUGUGAUUUCUGUGGUGUGGAAUUUGAAGAACACCCAGACACUCCACCCACCUGUGAGGCAGAUUUAAACUUGAUUUCUUGUGACUGUGGUUUGGGCGUCAGUAAGGAACUUGAUGAACUUGAGGAAAACUUUGCAGGCACCCUUCACAUUUCACGUAACUAUUCAUAA